GGCGGUGAUGGUCAGGUGAUUGAGAAGGCGUCCCACUCUGGGAUGAUCAACCCCAGCCAUCAGUGGCAGAAGCUCAGCCACAACGGUCCUAUUGGUCAGUUUGAGUAUCAGAUCCGGGUCAGCUGUGACGAGCACUACUAUGGCUUCGGAUGCAACAAGUUCUGCCGACCCCGAGACGAGUUCUUCGGACACUACACCUGCGACUACAACGGGAAUAAGACCUGUCUGGAAGGCUGGUCUGGACUAGAAUGUAACACACCUAUCUGCCGGCAGGGCUGCAGUACAGAACAUGGACACUGCAAAGAGCCUGAUGACUGCAAGUGUCUGUAUGGCUGGCAGGGGCAGUACUGUGAUCAGUGUAUUCCUCAUCCUGGCUGUGUCCAGGGGACCUGUGUUGAACCAUGGCAGUGUCUGUGUGAUAUCCACUGGGGAGGACAUCUCUGUGACAAAGAUCUGAACUUCUGUGGGACCAAACAGCCCUGUCUGAAUGGAGGAACCUGCAGCAACACAGGACCUGACAAAUACCAGUGUUCCUGCGUUGAGGGCUACUCUGGAGUCACCUGUCAGAGGGCAGAGCAUGCGUGUCUGUCCAACCCCUGUUCUAAUGGAGGGAGCUGUGUAGAGGACACUCAGGGUUAUGGGUGUGUAUGUGGAGCGGGCUGGAGCGGACCCUCCUGUAAUAUCAAUGUUGAUGAGUGCUCUCCUAACCCCUGUAAUCAUGGUGGGACCUGCCAGGACCUGGUUCAUGGUUAUAAGUGUCACUGUCCGCCUCAGUGGACCGGCAAGACCUGUCGCAUAGAUGCCAACGAAUGCGACAGCAAGCCCUGUGUCAACGCCAACUCCUGCCGCAACCUGAUUGGUGGAUACUUCUGCGAGUGUGUCGCUGGUUGGACGGGGCUGAACUGUGACAUCAAUCUCAAUGACUGCAAGGACCAGUGCCGACACGGUGGAACCUGCAGGGACUUGGUGAACGGGUACCGCUGUGUGUGUCCUGCGGGUUACUCUGGAGACCACUGUGAGAGAGAUGUGGAUGAAUGUGCUGGCUCUCCCUGUCUGAACGGCGGGCGAUGCCAAGACCAGGUCAACGGAUUCACCUGCCUCUGUCCGGCCGGGUUCUCUGGACAUUUCUGCCAAUUGGACAUAGACUACUGCUUCACCAACCCCUGUCAGAACGGUGCGCUGUGCUUCAACGUGGCUAAAGACUACUACUGUGGCUGUUCAGAAGACUACGAGGGAAAAAACUGCUCUCACCUCAAAGACCACUGUCACACCACCACGUGCAAAGUGAUUGACAGCUGCACGGUUGCCGUGGGAACCAACAGUACCCCUGGAGGGGAACGGUACAUGUCCUCGAACGUGUGCGGUCCUCGCGGACGCUGCCGGAGCCAGGCUGGAGGACAGUUCAGCUGUGACUGUCAGGAGGGCUUCAGAGGCACAUACUGUCACGAGAAUAUUAAUGAUUGUGAGAGCAACCCGUGUGGUAAUGGAGGAACCUGUAUUGAUAAAGUCCGGGUAUACCAGUGUAUCUGUGGAGACGGCUGGGAGGGGGACCACUGUGAGAUCAAUAUAGAUGACUGCAGCACUAGUCCAUGUCAUAAUGGAGGAACAUGUCGAGACCUGGUGACUGAUUUCUUCUGUGAGUGUAUGAACGGCUGGAAGGGGAAGACCUGCCAAUCCCGUGAGAGCCAGUGUGACGAGGCUACCUGUAACAACGGAGGAACAUGUCAUGAUGAGGGCGACAUCUUCCAGUGCAGGUGUUCCCCUGGAUGGGAGGGGGCUACCUGUAAUAUAGCUAAGAACAGCAGCUGUCUCCCUAACCCCUGUGAGUACGGGGGAACCUGUGUUACCAGCGGGGACUCCUUUACCUGCGUCUGCAAGGAGGGCUGGGAAGGAGACACCUGUAAACAGAAUACCAACGACUGUAAUCCCCAACCGUGUUAUAACAGUGGGACCUGUGUGGAUGGUGAUAACUGGUAUCGCUGUGAGUGCACUCCAGGGUUCGCUGGACCAGACUGCAGGAUCAAUAUCAACGAAUGCCAGUCCUCGCCAUGUGCCUUUGGUGCAACCUGUGUUGAUGAAAUCAAUGGCUUCCACUGCCUGUGUCCCCAAGACCGAUCAGGACCACGUUGUCAGGACGUGACAGGGAGACCGUGCUCAGGGAACAGUCGUGUCACCCCUGAUUUAGCCCAGUGGGAUGAUGACUGCAACACCUGCCAGUGCUUUAAUGGGAAGAUUACCUGUACUAGAAUGUGGUGUGGUCUUAGGUCCUGCCGAGUCAGCGGUGGGGUUAAAGGUCAGGGUAACGGAGGAGGUGGCCGGUGUCUGUCUGGUCAGAGCUGUGUACCAAUCAGGGAGGAGCAGUGUUUCAUCCGGCCGUGUCUGGCAGGGGAGUGCCACCCCUCCUCCCCACCGCCCAACAAAUGCCACCCAAGCUCCGGUUACCAUGACGACGGCUGUGGCGUAACACUUAUGUUCACCAAAGAGACCAUGCCCAAGGGUCUGAGUGUUGAGGCAGUGUGUAAGCAGCUGAGACAACUGUACGUGGUCAAGAAUGUGUCCUCUGAGUAUUCUGUUUCCAUAACCUGUGACCCUUCCACCUCCGCCAGCAACGAGAUCCAUCUCAGCAUCUACACGGUGGACCAGUGGAUGGACAGAUCACCUAUAAAGGAGAUAACAGAGAGGAUCAUCGAUCUGGUGUCUAAACGCCAUGGCAACAACAGCAUCAUCACCGCCAUUGCUGAGGUCAGAGUGCAGCGGACGCCGAGCGCUAGCCGGACCG